ACUAUCCAAGGGAUUGUUUUGAGAUUUUUCAGCGCUCCAAAGGAAAUUCCAGAGAUGGUCUUUACAUCAUCCAGCCAAAGGAGGACCCAAUUGUUGUCUCUUGUAACAUGCAGGAUGGUGGCUGGACAGUAAUCCAGCACAUUACGGCCAAUAGUACUGUCGACUUUGAUAGGACCUGGCAGGAUUACAAAUAUGGAUUUGGUUCCGUUCAUGACAACCACUGGUUAGGAAAUGAAUACAUGCAUCAGUUAACUAGCAGCUCUGUGAAAUAUAUACUUGGAGUUAAACUUGUAAACCUAAAUGCUGAAAUCAAAUGGGGACAGUACGAACCAUUCCUUAUUGAAGAUGAAGAGUCUCAAUAUCGAAUCAGGGUUGGUCUAUACAAAGGCAAUGCCACUGAUGCACUGACCCUGGACACAGAAGCUUAUCUCCAUGACAACCAGAAGUUCACCACCAAGGACAGAGACAACGACAAUUACUUUCAGAACUGUGCUAAAUUUUCCUGGGGGAGGCUGGUGGUACGACGCGUGUGCUGGAGCAAAUCUGAACCGUAG